AUGGCUUGCAUAGUUUCUGCUGUUGGUGUCUUCCUUUUGUUGAGUCUUCUGCUGCCCUCGGGAGAGGGCAGCAAGAGGAACCGCGGAUCACAAGGAACCAUCCCUUCUCCUGACAAAGCCCAGCCCAAUGACUCCGAACAGACCCAGCAGCCACCACUGCCCGGUUCCAGACCCCGGGGGAAGGAGAAGGCCAAAUCUACUGAAGAGGUGCUGGAAUCAAGCCAAGAGGCAUUGCAUGUCACAGAACGAAAGUAUCUGAAAAGGGAUUGGUGCAAAACACAUCCGCUUAAGCAAACAAUCCAAGAGGAAGGCUGCAGAAGCCAAACCAUCAUUAAUAGAUUCUGUUAUGGCCAGUGCAAUUCAUUCUAUAUCCCAAGGCAUAUCCAUAGAGAAGAAGGUUCCUUCCAAUCAUGUUCAUUCUGCAAGCCAAAGAAAUUCACCACCAUGGUGGUUACACUGUCCUGCCCAGAAAUGCAACCUCCAAUCAAGAAAAAGAGGAUCACUCGAGUUAAAGAAUGCCGCUGUAUAUCCAUAGACUUGGAUUAG